GAAGCUCGGAUGAGCUUGGGAGGGUUAGAACCCAAAAUCUUUUGGUGGUCUUUGCUAGACAUGGUGGUUGUUUCGCUAAAGAAAAUGAUGGAUAAGGAUCAACUUUCUACUAAUUCAACUUGCUUGUAUGGUGAAAGAGGUUUGGCCUGUGAGAAAAGGGAGCUUGAGUGA